ACUAAUGUACUGUUUCUAUCCUGUAGGUUGAACACUAUGGCUGAGCUAGCGGAGCAGCAACAACAACAGCAGAAUGUGGUGGUUAGGCUCAUUAACCUCCCCUUGGUGAGCUCAACAUAUGAUAUAGUGCAAUCUGUGUAUGUUAACACUAAGGAUUCCCAUCCCUACCUGAAAUCGGUGUGUGGUGUGGCAGAGCAGAGUGUGAAGACUAUCACUACAGUGGCUGUGACUGGGGCCAUGCCAAUAAUCCACAAACUGGAACCUCAAAUUGCCAUAGUGAACAACCUUGCUUGCCUUGGACUUGAUAAGAUUGAAGAGAGACUGCCUAUUUUGUAUCAGCCUAGUGACAAGAUUGUUGCUAAUGCCUCUGACGUGGUUGUUGGUGCUAAAGAUGCUGUGAUCCAUGCUAAAGAUGCUGUGAUCCAGAGCAUAACCGGAGUGGUUGAUAAGACAAAGGGAGCUGUGUGUGGCAGUGUGGAGAUGACCAAGGCUGUUGUAAAUGGAAGCAUUAACACUGUUCUUGGGAGCGGAGCUGUGCGUAGGAUGAGCAGUGGUGUUGAUACUGCGCUUACCAAGUCUGAGACUCUUCUGGAACAAUAUCUGCCACCAACUGAUGAAGAACUAGCAAUACAGGCUGCAAAAACAGAAGGGUUUGAGGUAUCAACAGAGAAAGCAAGCUACUAUGUUCGCUUGGGAUCACUCUCCACUAAGGCCCGCAAACGUGCUUACCAACAAGCCUUGACGAGAUUCAGGGAUGCAAAAUGCAAAAGUCAGGAGGCCAUUACUCAGCUUCAGACCACUGUUGACCUGAUUGAAUAUGCCAGAAAGAACAUGAAUGAUGCCAAUCAGAAGAUGCAUGAUGCACAGGAGACACUGUACAAUAAGUGGGUGGAAUGGACCAAGAGCACAGGACAGCAAACUAAUGGGAGAUUUCAUUGCAUUAAGAGCUAACUUAUAUUUUUGCUUUGUUCAUAGCAAAUUGAAUCCCGCACUCUAACCAUCGCACGCAAUCUGACUCAUCAACUGCAAACUACAUGUCUGUCUUUGGUUUCAAGUGUCCAAGGCCUUCCUCAAAAUGUCCAGAACAAAGCCCAGAGUGUUAGUACCAUGGCUGCAGAUGUAUACCAGAACUUCCUCUCUGCCUCUUCUUAUAAAGAAGUAUCAGACAGCCUAAUCCAUACCAGCAGAGAGAAGCUCACAAAAAUGAAGGCUUCCAUGGAUGAUGUGAUGGACUUUUUGGCUAACAACACUCCUCUAAACUGGCUGGUAGGUCCCUUUCACUCAUUGGCUGGUCCACGUGGGGAGGAAGAAGGUGAUGCUGGGGCAGACGCAACCAGUAAAGACGCAACCAAUAAAGAGGAAUGAAUUUGCUUCAAUCUCAGGAGUCACUUUGCACUUAAUCCAUUUCACAAAGCAGUUUUGAACUGAUCUAAAUUAUUGUCAGAUUCAUUUGUUCCCUCUGAGGCCAUAUAGCACUGCAAGAAUGUAUGUCAUUUCAAAGUUUGGUCUUUAACAUGGGCCAAUGCAUGCUACCUUUUCAGUUUGUGCCCUAGUGGAAUUUUUUUUUUCAAUCCGUUCACUGU